AACCGCUAUAAAAAAAGAUAAAAAAAAACGGUUACUGUUAUAAUAGUGUUUUUAUUCUUUAAUAAAAGAUACCAAGUGUGUUAUCCACCAAGUAAAUUAUCGUCCGCAUUUAGCGCAGUGCGUUAGUUGCCGAUUAAAUAAAUAAAAUAAUUUAAACUUCAAGUUUUACUGAUAUUUCAUUUGAAUUUAAAACAAAAACAACAAACAAUAAAUAAAUAAAUAUAAAUUUAUAAAAUAAAUAACAAGUUUAUUAACAAAGAAAGUUUAAAAAUUAAUUUUAGCUCUAUAAUUUAUAAAUAUAUAUAAUUACAACAAAUAUGAAUAUUAUUUUUUAAAAAAAGUAUAAAAUAAGUGGACGCGUAGAGACGCUCGAGAACAUUUUUGUGAGAGAGAGUGAGAAGGCGCGAGUUUUAACUGGAGGUUAAGAGAGAAAGAAUUAUUGUCGGAAGGGAGAACAAGGAGUAAUAUUGUAUAUAUAUUAUAUAUAUAUACAUAUAUAUAACACAUAACGUUAGUUGAAACGUAUGAGCAGUUGUUGGUGUGUCUCUCUCGUAGCGCAUACGGCUAAAGAUCGAAACUUGACAUUGGGUCUAGACGGCCAUUUUGGCAUUUUGUGUUCACCAUUCAAGUGAUACGCUUCGAUAUAAAAUAUACAAUCUCUGGCCAUCCUUUUCACGUUUAAGAAAAUACAGUAAAACUGCGUUAUCGAAAUGAUGACCGAAACGCAUAUUAAUUCCAAUCACAUGUUGAAUUCGGGCUUGGGCUCUAAGUCAGAGCUCGAAAAAAUGGACGAUGUUGGCUGGAAAUCCAAACUGAGAAUUCCACCGCGAGAUAAGCGAAUUAAAACAAGUGAUGUUACAAACACACGUGGAAAUGAAUUUGAGGAGUUUUGUUUAAAACGUGAACUAUUGAUGGGAAUAUUUGAGAAAGGAUGGGAAAAACCAUCUCCUAUUCAAGAAGCUAGUAUUCCAAUUGCAUUGUCCGGCAAAGACAUUUUAGCGCGUGCUAAAAACGGUACAGGAAAAACUGGAGCAUAUUCUAUUCCUGUCUUGGAACAGGUUGACCCACGAAAAGACGUAAUUCAAGCUUUAGUGAUAGUGCCUACUCGAGAGUUGGCAUUACAGACAUCUCAAAUUUGUAUUGAACUUGCUAAACAUAUGGAUGUUAAAGUUAUGGUAACUACUGGUGGAACAAACCUACGUGAUGAUAUUAUGAGGAUUUAUCAAAAAGUUCAUGUAAUCAUCGCCACACCGGGAAGAAUUCUCGACUUAAUGGACAAAAAUGUCGCAACCAUGGAUCACUGCAGAAUUUUAGUACUAGAUGAGGCUGACAAACUUCUCUCACAAGAUUUCAAAGGAAUGUUGGAUCACGUAAUUUCCAGAUUGCCAAAGGAACGACAAAUAUUGCUGUAUUCAGCUACGUUCCCACUGACCGUUAAGCAAUUUAUGGAAAAACACUUGAGAGAUCCAUACGAGAUAAAUUUGAUGGAGGAGUUGACGCUAAAAGGUGUUACACAAUACUAUGCAUUUGUACAAGAGCGACAAAAGGUCCAUUGUCUCAACACACUGUUUUCGAAGUUACAAAUAAAUCAGAGUAUUAUAUUCUGCAACUCGACGCAACGUGUUGAGCUGUUAGCUAAAAAAAUAACAGAUUUGGGAUACUGUUGCUACUACAUACAUGCCAAAAUGGCUCAAGCACACAGAAAUCGCGUUUUCCAUGAUUUCCGCGCCGGUCUUUGCCGAAACUUGGUGAGCAGUGAUUUAUUCACACGUGGUAUCGACGUACAAGCAGUAAAUGUCGUGAUAAACUUUGAUUUUCCAAAAAUGGCCGAGACGUAUUUACAUCGUAUCGGUAGAUCUGGUCGAUUCGGUCAUCUAGGUAUUGCCAUAAAUCUAAUAACUUACGAAGAUCGUUUUAAUCUUCAUCGUAUUGAACAAGAACUUGGUACCGAAAUAAAACCAAUUCCCAAGGUGAUAGAUCCUAGUUUAUACGUAGCACGACCUGAGGACAAUACUAGUUUGGAUGAAGGUAAUGUGUCCAAGUAGUUUCUUCAAUUAAAAGUAAUAUUAAUGAAUAUAAAUGAUAAUAAUUAAACAACAACAAUAAAAACAACAACAAAUGGAGAAACAAGUGAUUUGUGACUCGUACUACACGUGGCAUAUCCAUUAUUAACUUCGAACACAUCGAUAUGAGCGUAUAAAUAAUCAAGGUAGUGAAUUAUUAUUUUAAAAUAAUAUAAAUAGAUGGAAAAGAAAAUGAAUAAUAAUUGAAAGAAUCGUUACUUAAGUCUUGGGGUGCGCGUCAGUGUCGAUAAGAAUUUAAAUAAUGGGAACAGCAAGUGCUUUUGAGGAUAAACUUAAUAGAUACACAAAAGACUUUUGAAUAAACGGGGAAAAAUAUAAAAUUAUAAAUUCAUCGUAACAAAAUAUUAUAAAAGUAAAUGAAUAAAUGUGUUACUUGUACAUAAAAUUUAUUGCCGAGCAUUGGUAAAAAAAAAACGAAAAGAAGUUGGGAAAAAAAAGUAUAUGAAAAUUUAUUAUUUAUAUUUUUUCGCUCGGUUUAUAAUUAAAACUAAUGAUAAAAAAAAAGUAAAUUUUUAAAAAAACUCAGUGACUGAAGAAGUGAACGUCAGUGUGCAAGUGCGAGUCAUUUUUCUUUGUAAAUAGAUAUUACUUAUAAGUGUAAAUAAUUAAUUAUAAUUAGCUCAGAGUCAAGCCAUUAUCAAGUGCACAAUGCGUAGAAGGAAAAAAAAUAAUUUAAAAUAAUUUUUAUUAUUAAUUAUCUAAAUAAUUAAUAAUUUAAAAAUAUUCAUUAACAUUAACAUAUAUAAAUAAAUAUAUAUACAUUGAAAAAAAGUAACAAAUCAUACACACUAAAGUAAACGUUAAACACACACGUGAAUUUAGUCCGUCAUUGCAUUUUAUCGUAAAUGUAAAUACAGCAUGAGAUAUAUCAUUUUAUUAGUAAAAAAAAAAAAAAAAAAACAAAAAAAAAAAAUUUUGAUACGAAAGGCCUCAUACUUUCAAUAUUCCUUCUACUUUUUUUUUUGUUACUUGAAAUUUAAUAAAAAAGUAAAGUCUAAUUAAAAUCCAUAAGCCGAAAUAAAAAUAAUAAAUCAACGGCUUGAUAUAUAUACAUAUAUAUGUGUAUAUAUAUGUAAUAAAUUUAACAGUCUUCAUUCUACAUUUAGUUUAUGUUUUAAAAUGUUUAUUAUUUUUUUUUUCUAGCUCACUGAAGCUUUAAAAUAUGAGAGUGAAUGUAGCGUAGCAGACAUGAGACAAAUUUAAAACUAUAAAUAAAUAUAGUAAAUAAUUAAAAAACGAAAUUUGGAAAAAAUGCACUUAUUAAUUUGUAAAUUUUUUAAAUGUGCAUUUUUUAAAAAAUUUAUUUUAUUAAUUAUUUACUCUAAUUAUUGAUAGUUUUAAAUUUGUCUGAUGUCUGCUACACUCACUCAUUAAAUUAUAGAAUAUAUUUAUAUAUACAUAAUUCAUAAUAUCAAUUUUUUUUAUUUUUUACUCAUAAAAAAUAAAAUCAGUAAUUUACAAAAUGUGUGCAAAGAAUUAAAAAUAUAAAAUGUAUAGGUUGAUUGUGGCUUGAUUUUGUAAUCUCAGUACUGUCAUAAAAGCAACUCUGAACUUCUAAUCACAAAUAUUCAAAAUGUAAUUAAUUACAAAAAAAAAAUUUCAAAUCCGUGAAUAAUUUUUGUUUAUAAAAAUUAAUUUUUUUCCUUUUUUUUUUUUUUUUUGUAAAAAUAUAAGAUUUUUUUGUUUAUUUUAUAAUACUGUGAUUGAGAAUCAGAGAUUGUAUAAAUUGACUAGUUUUAUACAAUUAUUUUUAUAAUUAUUUGGCUAAUGGGUUACGUGAGACACAGGGAUCGUAAAAUAAUAAAAUUUAAUUAUAGAUAAUCGCGAGUAUUUACGACAGAAAUAAAUUUAAAAAAAAAAAAAAAGUUAAUUUUGAUUAAAUUAAAUUAACGAAAUUACGGUAUCGAAAUAAAUAUUUUUAUCCGUAGUAAAUAUAUAAUACAUAAAAUUUAUCUCAACGGUGCUGGUGCUGGAAAUAAAUUAUAUGAAAAAAAAUGAUAAUCAUUGUCUGCGAAAAUGUCGGAGCGAAAUGAUAAAAUACAAAUUUUUAACAAGAUAAAUUUUUUUUACCCCACGAUCUCGCGUGUCCAUGAAUCACAUUAAAAUAUUUCUUUUUUUCUCAAACGUUAAAAGUAUCGCAAGAAAUCCAAACGGGAUAAUCCGUUGCAUUGUAAAAUAGUAAUAAAUAAUAAUAACGAUAAAUAAAUAUAAUAACAAUUAUAAUGAAAUGUGUAUUAAGUCUGGUGACGUGUCAAGACAGACUUUAACCAUUUAUUUGUAUAUGUACUAAUAUAGCGGGCCAACAAAACGAAUUAGCUUCGCGAUAGAAGCGCGCGCGGUUUUUCAGUCGUGAUAUAAACUACAAAUAAAUAAAAUUUAAAAAGUACACAACAAUAAUUAUGAGAAACGGUUUAAUCUUGCAACGAAAAUAAAAAUAUAUUUUAUUUUUAUUUACCAUACGUUUUUUUUUCUUUUUCUUUUGCUAAAAUUUAUAAUUGCCAAUUAAAAGAUUAAAUAAAUAAAUUAUUAUAAUUAAAAAUCGAUGACCUUGUCUCACGCCCACGGGUCAAUUAGCAAUCGACAAUCAAUGAUGAUACGAGUUAAGCGUGCCUCGUAUCAACAUUGCAAUCAAGUCAUCUAAAAUAUCGUAUUGCUUUUAAAUGAAAAUAUCCAUUUAAAUAAAAUAAACUGUUUCUUUAAAACAAAAAAGAAAAUUUCAAAUUUUUCAACUAAAACUUAAAGUUUUAAAUAACAAAAAUCUUUUUCAACGUAUGAAAGUAUGAUCUCAGAGUGUGUUGUGUGAAUCUGUGUAAAAAAAUAAAACAAAAAAAAAUAACAAAAAAAAAUAUAACGAAAAAAAAUUGUACAUUAAAUUUCGUUGCUGCUACACCAGAGAUUAAGAUGAAAAAAACAACAACAAACAAAACAGUCAUCAAUUCUGUUAUCGAUAACUUGUUUCAAUUUUACAAGCAAAAGUAUUUACGGUUGCAGUAAUUUGACUUUAGUCUUGUUAACAAAGAAUUUAAAUCACUCCGCUAAUUCACGUCGUCAUUGCCAAGUGAAAAAAAUUGUGAUUGUUACGGAUGCGACUAGUGGGUAGUGAUUCGUUAUAAAAAAUUUAAACAACCGAUUAAAAUAAAAAGUAAAGUAAUAUAAUUACUGUUAAUUAAAUUAAUAUCGAUUACAAUUGAUGACUAAUUAAUAAAUGUGUGAAUAACUUUUUUCAUUGUAAAUUUCGAGUGAUUGAAACGCGUGUAUGUUGGUCUUUUUAUUAAUUAUAAAUAACGUCUAUUAAGUUGGUUUGUAAAACAUUUAAACAGAAACAAUAAUUGUAAUUUUAAACUGCGAUAUUGUAAUUUAAUUGAAGCAAAGGCUACAAGAGAUUUGUAAACAUCCGAUUGUUUUCUAUGAAAAAAAAGAGAAAGAAAAAAAAUGGUUUAAAAUAUUUAAAAAAUGAAAUUAAAUCAGUGCCUUGUUAUGGAGGCGGUGAUUUAAUUUACUGAUAAUUAAAAUUAAUUAAUUAAGAAGAUUUAAGAGUAUGAAAAUAUGGAGAAAAGAGAACAAAUAACAUCGGUGAUGCGGAUUAAAAGUUUAAUAAUUGUAACAAGAAUAAAUGUCGGGAUAAAAUAGUUAACGAUUAAAUUCCCAAAGACUUUUUGCCCGCAUUUGUGUUCUCUUGAGUGCACUUGACGUAAUAAAACUAAGAGGAAUUAUAUGCAGGUACGUAAGUGCACGACAAAAGACGUAGUAAGAUCGUAAAAGCAAUGAAGGUUUAGGAGAAGAGAGGAAGAGAGAGAGAAAGAUAGAGCUUGUUGAAAGAGAUUACUGGCGCAUUGAAUGGUAGUGAGUUAAACGACCGGAGAGAAUAUUCGUUCACUCAAGCACAAGAGAGAGAAUUACUCAAUUAAUAUCAUUGAGAUUUAACUUUGUUAUUUUCGCGCAUGCUCCUGCGUUUCCCGGUUUUUUUUAAAUAUUUAAAUAUGUUUGGGACAGGAUUUUUGCCUUAAUUUUGAAAUGUUUAUUAUUACGGCGAAAAUAUUGGUCUUGGAAAAAAAAAGAAACAAUAGUUGUAGGAAAUUUAAUUUUACAAAAAAAAUGUCUCUUAUGAUUUUUUUAUACGACCAAUAUUUUCAUCGCGAUUCCCAAAUUAAGAUUCAUAAUGAAUGAUUCAAAUUUUUGUUAAUCAUCAAAAUCUUAAUUUUGAAAUUGCAGGGAAAAUAUUGACCGUACAAAAAAGUUCUUUGAACAAAAGUUGUAGGAAAUGUAAUUUUGAACAACUUUUAUUCCAAAAUUUUUUUCAUACGACCAAUAUUUCCGCCGCAGUAUCAAAAAUUUGACACCAUCAACUAUUAAUUAUUUUUAAAUCAAAGCAAAAAUCUUGACUCUUGAUCUCUAUUGAUCUUAAUUAUUUGCGAGCCCGCCAAGCCCACUUUGACUAAACAUAAAAGCUUGACAUUUUUUUUUUUUAUUCAAAUAAAAUAUAAUUAAAAUCCGUUUAGAUAUUUUUUGAUCGGCAAACGCAGGCGAAAAACAUUAAAACUUAAAAAAAUUCUCUUGGUUCAUAAAGUGGAGUUAUAUAUAUACAUACAUAUUUAUAUAUGUAUGCAUAUAUAUAUAAAUUUUUUUUUUUUUUGUUUAAAAAACGUUUACUCGCGAGGUGAGUUAACGUCAGAGCGAAAGUUAAAACAUCAUCGAUAAAAUUUGAAAUUGCAUUGAAUUAAAAAUGACGACCCUGGUAAUAAUAAUAAAUAAAAUAACAUAUGGGUCUUAGUGUACGAGUAUAAUAAUAAUAAUAGUAAAAAAAAAUUUGAAGGAAAUAAUAGUGGGUAAAAAUUUCAAGGGAAAUGUUAGCAAGUGUGCGUCAAUUGCGCUCUGUUAACAUUGUCGUUGAGAUUUGUGAGUUGAGAUGAGAGAUGAAAGAGAGGAGGGUUAA